AUAGUAAAAGAUAAAGAAAAACCCUUGCAUGAGAAGGUGUGUCCAAACUUUUGACUGGUGCUGUAUAACAUAAACAUACUGUUGACACGCAGACUAAUGAAAUGUUUUGCCAUGUGUGGUAGGUUUUGUGCAUUUUGAAACACUUAUGUAGGUGUCAUAACCAGCCAUAAAACAACUACCGAGGUAGGUUUUGUGGGUUUUUACACUCUUAUGUAGGUGUCAUAACCAGCCAUAAAAUAAUGCAAUAUAUGUCACGACAGGUCUAACUAUGUGUCAUGACAGUAUUAUGACCCUAUUAUAACAGGUUAUAUAUAACAAGUUAUGUCAGCUGUUACGCCAUAUUAUGACAUGGUUAUGACCGUGUCAUAACGUGUCAUGACGCUGGGUGUCAAGCAAAGUGCUACCGAAAAGUGUGUGAUAGGAUCAUGUUGGUUCCAUGCACCAGGUGCCAAUAGACAAUAUGAUUACUGUAUAGUAAGGAAGGCCUUCUCUAGAUUCCCCCUGGAAAGUGCGCUUGCGAAAAUGUCCAGUGCGUCAAAGGAGGCUUGUAAGAAGAUUUUUCAGGGUUUGCAUGGCAAAGACAGAUGUUUGACUGGGAUCCUACUGAUAUAGUACUGACACCUGGUGCAUUGGAGAGUGUCACACAUAGAUUAGAGAAAGAGGUGAAUAGUGGGAUGCAAGGAGAGAAAAAGGGCAGGAGGAAAGAAACUUAAAGGAUGAAGAAAGGACUGAAAGUGAAAGAGGAGUGAUGAUGUAAUAAAAUGCACGAGGGAGGAGUGAAGGUAGAUGAAGGAGAGUAAAUAGAAAGCAACAAUAGAAAGCGGAAAGUGCGGGUGAGAUGGCGGGGCAGUGGACAGGCGGACGGAUGGAAAGCUGGACAGACAGAUGGGCAGUUGGGUGUGGCCAGUAGUGCUGAGUGGAGUUGAUCUCGCUCAAUCCUCUUGGCUCGCUGUCUGUGUGUGCCCACCAUCGGGCCACUGGCAGGGUGGCAGCGUGAGCGUGGUCGGCCCGGGUGGAAGCGGGUGCCAAUAUACCCCGACCGAGGGCACGCAGCCCUAUUGAGAGGCAAUGUGAUGGACACAAUGCAAGCGACAGACUUGCUGCAUCAACAGCAUCACCCGCCCCUGAUUUUUUUGCUGCUGUGUGCCAUUUAUAAACCAUAAAUACCCCCCUGGCUCCUAGUGCCUUCUCACCAGGCCUCCACACUCACACACCCUCAUACAGAGACAGAAAGAGGGAGAGAAAAGGAAAACAAGGAAAAACGGAGAGAGUGUGGCUCGUACGUGGUGCAGUGAAGCACAAGCCAUCCAGAGGGAACAUGUCAGAGCAGCAGGGUGCACCGGAGCAGCUGGCAGCUGGAAAGAGCCAAGGAGGGGCAGGAGCCACCUACAAGGUGGUGGUGUUUGAGUUUGAGAACUUCUGUGGGAAGAAAGUGGAGCUGUCUGCAGAGUGUAAGAAUGUGAUCGAAAAGGGAUGUGAGAAGGUGGGAUCUAUCAUCGUGGAAUCAGGACCCUGGGUGGCAUUUGAGCGCCAGGCAUUUGGCGGGGAGCAGUUUGUGCUGGAGAAGGGCGAGUAUCCUCGUUGGAGCACCUGGACCAACAGCCAGACUAAUAACUACCUGCUGUCCCUCAGGCCACUCAAAGUGGACAGUGCGGAUCACAAACUCCACCUGUUCGAGAACCCAGGCUUCGCUGGGAGGAAGAUGGAGAUUGUGGAUGACGACGUCCCCAGCCUGUGGGUCCAUGGCUUUCAGGACCGUGUGGCCAGCAUCAAGGCUACGAAUGGAGCGUGGGUGGGCUACAUGUUCCCAGGCUACAGGGGCCGCCAGUACAUCUUUGAGCAUGGAGACUACAAGCACUGGAAUGACUGGGGAGCAUCAACACCUCAGAUCCAGUCUGUCCGACGCGUGCGUGACAUGCAGUGGCACAAGAGAGGCUGCUUCAUUGCCCCCACCCCCACCCCCACUCCCACCCCCGCACCCAACCCCACACCACCUGCCCCCCCUAACGCCACUGGCACCAGCUGAAAGAGAGUGGCUGUGGCCCCAGGCAGCCUAAGAAGCCAAAUCCGGGCCUCCCAUCCAUCCAGGGCUCCACCGAACCUCACCUCCUCGUCACAGAGGGUCAGCAAGAAACGACGAACUCGGAAGUGAAGUAACCAUCUCUGACUUACCUAUGUGUCUGGGGUGGAAAUAAUAAAGGCUUUGAACCC